UCCAUGAUGACUGUGAAGUAAAAAGAGUUUACUCCACACCCCCAUACCCAUUACCACUAGCAGCUUUGAAGUUUGAGCUCAAAACCCAAAGUUAGAGAGAGAGAGAGAGGGAGAGAUUUUUUGUUGUGUGGGUUUGUGUGAUUGUUUCUUUAGAAAGUGGAUAAUAUGAGUAAUUGGCUGGGGUUCUCUCUGACUCCACACUUGAGGAUUGAUGAUGGUUUUGGGAGAGACACCCACCAAGACCAUGGAGCUUUUCCUCCUCACUUGUCUGUCAUGCCCUUGCGCUCUGAUGGCUCUCUCUGUGUUGCUGCUGACCCUUUUAGGCGCUCCAAUGUUGCUGAUGAUUGGAGAUAUGAGCAUGCCAUGGGUGCAACAAAUCCAGAUGAAGAUGGACCAAAGCUUGAAGAUUUCUUAGGCUGCUGUUACUCAAACUCACCGCCUGAUGAAACCAAAGUCUAUUGCCAAACCCAAGAGAACCAAAACCAUAGCAAUAACAAUAUCUCCAAAAUCAAUGUUAACAUAGCCCCUAACAACUUCAACACCAAUGGUGAAAUUGAUUCCGGAGACAAUAAUCUCACAACCUCAUCUCCCUUAUUCCAACCUUAUAACCAGUUCAAUGAAACCACACAAGCUCUAAUGACUAGCAGUGGCAUGUACAAGUCUUGGUUAGGCCAAACACCAUUUUCUGAUGCAAAAUCUUCAACUCAGCUAAAUGGGUGUAGUUUUCAGUCUCUAGCUCUCACUAUGAGCCCAAGUGCAGAAAAUGAUAUUGGUGCAAUUUCACCUUUGCAAGUGGUAGCUGAUCAUACCCGCAAAAGAGCUGUGUCAAAGUCUCUUGCUAGAGAACCUGUUCCUCGUAAAUCCAUUGAUACUUUUGGUCAGAGAACCUCUCAGUAUCGUGGUGUUACUAGACAUAGAUGGACUGGGAGAUAUGAGGCCCAUUUGUGGGAUAAUAGCUGCAGAAAGGAGGGGCAAACAAGGAAAGGAAGGCAAGUUUAUCUUGGUGGUUAUGAUAAGGAAGAAAAAGCAGCAAGGGCUUAUGACUUAGCUGCACUCAAGUAUUGGGGUCCAACAACUCACAUAAAUUUCCCAAUAAGCACUUAUGAGAAAGAACUUGAAGAGAUGAAGAACAUGACUAGGCAAGAAUUUGUUGCCAAUUUGAGAAGGAAGAGCAGUGGGUUUUCAAGAGGGGCAUCCAUGUAUAGAGGAGUGACAAGACACCAUCAGCAUGGAAGGUGGCAAGCUAGAAUUGGAAGGGUUGCUGGAAACAAGGACUUGUACCUUGGCACGUUUAGCACACAAGAGGAAGCAGCUGAGGCAUAUGACAUUGCAGCAAUUAAGUUUAGGGGAACAAGCGCAGUUACUAAUUUUGAUAUAAGUAGGUAUGAUGUGAAGAGAAUUUGCUCAAGCUCCACGCUGAUUGCCGGAGACCUCGCUAAACGUUCACCGAAAGACUCGGCUCCGGCUGCCAUUGAGGACUACAAUUCUUGUGCACCAUCCACUUCUCCUCAACCCCUUUUGGCCAUAACAAGGAAUGAGCCCUCUGAUGAAUUGGUUGACAUGGUGUGGACUAAUAACAACAAUGAUGAACGUCAGCAGCAUGAGAAUGCAAACACCAUUGGUGAUGCAACAUUGGUGGCUUCAAGCAGCAGGAAUUCUUCAAAUCCAGGAAGCCCAAAAUGCUCAUUUGGAGCAAGUAGUGAGUUUGGAGUUGGUGGUGGUGGUGGUGACUAUUCUCAUCCGUACUUCUCUUUGCAGGGGUCUAAGUAUGAAGAUGGCAAUAGUGGAAAUGAACAUGGGGAUGCCAAUAGGCUUGGAAAUUUGGCUAUGGUUCAUCAAGUCCCUAUGUUUGCAUUGUGGAAUGAGUAAGAGAAAUGGUAAAGAAGAUUUGAGAACAGAAAAUAGUAUAGGGAAAGCUAGAUAGAAUGGUAGAAAAACAAUAUGAAUUUGGGCUUUUUAGAAGCUUAUUAGCUUUUCUAAUUUCUUGUGACUGUUUUCAACAUGAUAUCAAAGGAAAGUAGGGAUGAAGGGGAAGGUGUAGGUUGGUUUAGUUUGUCUUAUCAUGAAAACAAGUUGUAGUUGAAGUAGAAUUUUAGAAUCGAAGCUUUAGAUUUUAAAGAAAUUUUCAUAUUUACAUGGGGUAAUGUAACAUAUGAAGUACGUAUCAUAUUUUCAAAUCAAUUAGUCACUAGACAAUUUGACUUCAA